ACCGGUAUUUAUUUAUUGCAUGCGUGUGCGGUACUUUCACAACAAGGACGGUUCUGCAAUUACAACUACGUGACGUUCCUCAUCGUUUGACUGAAUUUUGCAGCAAUACCGGUACAACUGAGAAUUGACAAGAUGAGUUUUGUUGAAAGCCUGCCACCACACUGGACUAAUGACAGCCUGACAAAGAAGAAGGCUCUUCUGUGUAACAAGAUAAAGAAUCCUUUUUGCAUGUCUUUGAAGACCUUUCCCACCAGCAAGCAUCAAAGACUAACCAGACAACCAGGCGUCAACUUCAAGACCAGGAGUGGUGUUGUGUUCAAUCCAAUCACACCCUUGGAGAUCUUACGAGGAACCUUACAGAAGCGAAUCAACAAGGAUAUCCAUUGCAUAUUCCAGUAUUAUGCUCAGUUUUUCUACAUGGCUGUUGAAAACAUGAGAGAGAACUAUGGAGCAGACAGCGUGACUGAAGAACAUGUAUUGACUGUCUUCAGGAACAGCUUGGAAGCGGCCAAAGAUCUAUUCCAGCCCUCUGGGAAGCAGACGGGUAAAGAGAGACAUGGAUCAGGUUCUCAUAAGAUUAAUGUCAAGAUGCAUCUAGAUAAAAUGAAGACAUCAGAAGCUGUGCUCAGAAGGAAUGAUGAUGAGGAUUGUGAUGAACCAGAGAGAAAGAGAUCCAAGCACAAUCCAGACAACAACUCCACAUUCUCACUGAGGCCACCACCAAGAAUACAGACCAGAAAGAGGAAAGGGCGCCCUCCUGCACAUCACCGUGACUACACGGAUGUGAUCACGACCUCCUCCUCUGGGAGCUAUAAGAGUAACAAGGUCAAGGUAGAACCGGUCAAGAAAGAAGGACCCAAGUGGGACCCCUCCAGACUGGUCCAUGGAUCUAGGUUUGUCAUGGGUGCCAAGGCUAACAAAGCUCUUGGUCUAGGUGCUACAAGAGGAAGAUUAUACAUCAAGCAUCCAGAACUAUUUAAGUAUGCUGGGGACCAAGAUGACAAACAGUGGCUGUAUGAUAAUCAUCUCAUGCCAGCGACUGGAGGAAAGGCUUACAUCCUCCUACUUGAAGAUGUUCUUGAUUUGGCAGAGACAGAAGAGUAUAAAGAAUGUGGAAGUCUAGCGCUAGAGGAGCUUCAAACAUUCAAUGUUCCACCUGAGAUCUUGGAGAAGAUGAGACGCUACAUGGAAACGCAUCGCACAGAUUGUGAUGGUAGCAACAAUAGCAGUGAUAUCAAUGAAAAUUAACGAAUGAAAGUCUCCUUUUCGAGCUGAUGUUUAUUUGGUUCAAUAUUUCUCUAUUUUCUGCUUGAAUGGGGAACUUAUAAGGUAUGUGUAGUUAAAAACAUAAGAUUACGUGAUGCCCUCAACAACUACGCUUUCACAUUUUGUUCAUGUAAGGCGAUUCCAUGCCAUGUUUCCUAUUAGACAUAUGACAUUUAUCCAGUUCGUUUUAUCCAAAAAUGAAAGUCAUUUAUCAGGAUCAUUGACUCUUGUCUUUUCCUGGUAUCACUUACAUUAUUACAUGGUCAUAAUUUAUUAAGAUAUUUUUCACCCUGGGAUGAAAUAAAUGUGAAAAAUACCUAUUUCAGGACACAUUGAACAGAAUCUCCCAUAAGAGGAACUUGGGUCCUCUUUUCUCAAAUCUGUGACAUAAAAGUAUGCAUGCAAUUGACCACUGGCUGAUUUGUACAUAUUUCCCAUGUAGGGAUAUCUAUCCAUUAGUUUUACAACUGGGUAUUCAACUUACAAGGACCAUCAGCUUUCAGAAAUCCUUCCU